CGGCGGCAGCAGCGAGACACGCCGGGCGCCGCCGGUCCGCGCCCUCCGCGCCCCAAACUUUGCCCUCCGCUCCCCCCUCUUACCGCCGGCUCUGGCACCCCCUUUUAAGUGUUAGGGGUUUUUUUUUUGGUUUUUUUUUUUUUUUUUUUUCCUCGCAGGAGGGGUGGGAGGGGAAGGGGCUAUAAAGCGCGGAGGGACGGGCAGGACGCAGUCCCCGCUGCAGCCCGUCCCUGCCAGAGAGGGGGUUCGCCAAACACCUCCCCCCCUCUCGAAAAAGCCGGGCCCCGAGGGAGCUCCGUGACGGGACGCAGCAAGGAUGCUCCUGCUCCACUGCCCGCUGAUCUUGCUGCUGCUGCCACUCAGCUCCAGGAUGCAGAAGCUGCCUACCAGAGAUGAGGAGCUCUUCCAGAUGCAGAUCCGGGACAAAGCGUUUUUUCAUGAUUCAUCAGUCAUCCCAGAUGGAGCCGAAAUUAGCAGCUACCUCUUCCGAGACACACCUAAAAGGUACUUUUUUGUGGUGGAAGAGGACAACACACCCCUAGCAGUAACAGUGACACCCUGUGAUGCUCCCCUGGAGUGGAAACUGAGUGUGCAGGAGCUCCCAGAGGAAGCCAGUGGAGAAGGUUCAGGAGAACCUGAACCUCUCGAGCAACAGAAACAGCAGAUUACUAAUGAAGAAGGCACAGAGCUGUUCUCUUACAAAGGCAACGAUGUUGAGUAUUUUGUGUCCUCUAGUUCUCCUUCUGGUUUGUACCAAUUAGAUUUGCUGUCGACAGAGAAGGAUACACAUUUUAAAGUGUAUGCAACUACUACUCCAGAAUCUGACCAACCUUACCCUGAAUUACCUUAUGAUCCAAGAAUUGAUGUUACUUCUCUGGGACGUACAACAAUAACACUGGCAUGGAAGCCAAGUCCCACGGCCUCAUUGCUGAAACAGCCAAUUCAGUAUUGCAUAGUCAUCAAUAAAGAGCACAAUUUCAAAAGCCUCUGUGCUGUUGAAGCCAAGCUUAGUUCUGAUGAUGCCUUCAUGAUGGCUCCAAAACCAGGUCUGGAUUUCAGUCCAUUUGACUUCGCCCAUUUUGGCUUCCCCUCGGACAACAAUGCUGGCAAAGAACGUGGUUUCCUAAAAUCACCAUCAAAAUUUGGGCGCCAAACAUCCUCAAAGCCAAGAGUUGACCUGCAUAAAGUUUGUAUUGGGAACAAGAACAUCUUCACAGUGUCUGACCUGAAGCCUGACACACAGUACUACUUUGACAUGUUUGCAGUAAACACUAACACGAACCUGAGCACUGCAUAUGUUGGCACCUUUGCCAGAACGAAGGAGGAGGCCAAGCAGAAAACAGUUGAGCUGAAGGAUGGCAAAGUUACAGAUGUGUUCAUCAAGAGGAAGGGAGCCAAAUUUCUGCGGUUUGCUCCUGUUUCAUCUCAUCAGAAGGUCACCUUUUCUGUUCAUUCGUGCCUAGAUGCUGUUCAGAUCCAAGUUAGAAGAGAUGGCAAACUACUCUUGUCUCAAAAUGUGGAAGGAGUACGGCAGUUCCAGCUGCGAGGGAAAGCAAAAGCUAAGUAUCUGAUUAGGCUGAAAGGGAACAAAAAAGGUGCUUCUAUGCUGAAGAUUCUGGCAACAACAAGGCCAAACAAGCAGUUAUUUCCUUCUCUUCCUGAAGAUACAAGAAUCAAAGCUUUUGACAAACUCCGCACAUGUUCUUCAGUCACAGUGGCAUGGCUUGGCACACAGGAGAGAAACAAAUUCUGCAUCUACAAAAAGGAGGUGGAUGACAACUACAAUGAGGAACAGAAGAAAAGAGAACAGAACCAGUGCUUAGGUCCAGAUACAAGGAAGAAAUCAGAAAAGGUUCUCUGUAAAUACUUUCACAGCCAGAAUAUACAGAAAGCAGUUACCACAGAAACAGUUCGGGGCCUGCAGUCUGGCAAGUCCUACUUGCUGGAUGUGUAUGUUAUUGGGCAUGGAGGGCACUCUGUCAAAUACCAGAGCAAAUUGGUGAAAACAAGGAAGUUCUGUUAGUGCACUUGUAAAUAGAGAUGUAUGGAACUCCACUCUGAACAUUAUCCUACUUCCCGGUAUACAGUUUGACUACUUGCACAGCUGAGAAGUUGUGGCCUGUAUUUGUACUGUGUAGAAAAGAUAUCAACUUGUAUAUUUAUGUUUACAUAAAUGAUUGUUUGGAGAAACUGAGGCUGGUGCUCUCUGGCAGCAUCUGAUAGCUGUACUAUCAUGUGUCUGGUGAACCACAUUCGAUGCUCAGUAGAUGUCUGAGGCAGCAGUAAACCUUGCAGGAACUGACACUCCUUUGCUUCCACAUUGCAUGAACUGCUUCUAAAUUAUUUUAUACUUAAAAGGCUGAGAUAAAUCAUUCAUUCACCUCGUUACUCACACACAAAAACAAACAGGAGUACACCCUUUCUCUGAGUGUAGAUGGUAGAGUUUCUGUAAAUUAUUUUAUAGAGUCUUGUUUUAAAUGUUUAUGUUUCUAUGAUUGUAAACUAUUAAAAUCUUUCCCAAUAAAAAUACAGAUCUAAACUAAAUAUUAACUGAGCUGCACAUGAAUCAGUUUCAUUGCUAAUGUAAAUUCUUACCUAGCUGAUUUUUGCAUUUAAAUACUGUAUGUAUUUCAUGUACAAAAUUGCCAUAACAUUAUAUUCCUGUACAGAAAAUUAAAAAUAAUAUUAGAUUA